AAUGUAGAUCAAACAGCUUUUAAAUAAUUUACGGAUUCCAUCUAAGAUUAAGUUAUAGGAUUUCUUAGCAUUUUAGAGAUUUUUGAUAAGUUUGUAGAUAUUUUCCUCUGAAAAAAUAAACCAUUGAAUGGCUAUAGUUAUUUCUAAAGAUUCUGAUUAAUUUGCAGCUACAGAGGCUUUUGUUUAAUUAUCUCUCUUAUACCCUACUUCUCAUUUGAAUUAUAAAUUAGCGAUCCUUGUAAUUUGUUCCAAUGAAAACUAAUUGAGGUCAUAAAAUUAAAUAGAAGGUGAGUAUUUUCCUUAUGAAACACAGUAUGACUCAAUGAAAGAACUAGAAUAUAUUUAAAAAUAAUUACAAAGAAAUCAAUAAGGCUCUGUAAUACAUGAUCAGAUUAUAGCUUCCCUUCUUUAAUUAAGAAGUAAUAAUUAUUAUGUGAAAUUAAAGGUUUACAAAUGAUUUAUGGUAUUUAAUAGAAUAAAGCUCAAACAUGCCUAAAUAUCUAGAAUGAGAAAUAGAGGACAUGAGAUAAAAGAGCAUACUCUAAGUUAAUAAAUUUUCUACAAAAAAGGAGCGAUAAAUAAUAGCAAAUGUACUAAUGAAAG